CUUUGGUUGGCCUCUUUGUGUUCCUGUAUGGUGUUUUUACUCUGGAGCACUGCCCGGUCAGCAAAGAAAUCUGCCAGGCCACUGACRUCAUCAUGUGUCCCAUAUGUGAUCAGUAUUGUCCCUAUCUGAGACUCUCAGACAGCUGCAUYUACGCCAAGGUCACCCAUCUCUUUGACAAUGGAGCAACAGUUUUCUUUGCAGUAUUUAUGGCAGUUUGGGCAACAGUCUUCUUAGAGUUCUGGAAAAGACGCAGAGCUGUUCUCGCUUACGACUGGGAUCUCAUCGACUGGGAGGAAGAGGAG